GACUAUUAAUAAUUUAAAUAGUUCAACAUCGACUUCAAAAGAUUUCGUGAAAAGAAAUAAAGAAAACGCAUGCCUUUCACCGCCUGAACACGUCGUGUUUUUUUCAAGCGCACGACCAAGGCGACGAGACCAUUCCCCGGUUCUUCUGCGCACCUAUGAUUUCGCGGGUCACUUUCUCGUAAGUCGCUCGAGUCGCGCGAACCGUGCUUUGAAGAAAAAAAAGUGUGUGUUAGAGAGAAAGAGUAAGAAAAGAAAGAGAAAGCCUAGACUACGUAAAGGAGAAAUAGGUGGCGUAUUCCUGCAAAAUAGUUCGUAAAUAGUUAAUAGAUCGCUCGCAAACUUCACGCUGUCGCGAUGCUGACGUCCGACAUCAGUAAUAUGAGCAAAACAAAUCAAGAUGAGGUCCACAUGACAACGCCUGAACUGAUUGAAGCUCAUGGUUACGUAGCCGAGACCCACCAGAUUUGCACAGAAGAUGGUUAUUAUUUGACCGUGCAUCGUGUACUUCCUAACGAUCGAGUACCAUCGGUAUCACUAAACGCUGACAUCAUAAACACCGAUGCAGCUGUUAUGAAUAGUGAAGAUCAUAAUUUGUCAAUUUCUGCUGAGAAUUAUCAACUUUCAGAAAUUUCCGGAUGUUAUAUCAGUUCCUCCAGAUUGCCAGUUAUAAUAAACCAUGGACUUGUAUCUAGUUCUGCGGAUUGGGUACUCCUAGGACCACACAAAGCCCUCGCAUAUGUUCUUUGUGACAAUGGAUACGACGUUUGGCUCACAAACGCUCGUGGAAACACCUACUCCAAAUCUCAUAAAUAUUACUCAAUCAAAGAUAGAGACUUUUGGAACUUUAGUUGGCAUGAGAUUGGAUAUUAUGAUUUACCAGCAACAAUAGAUUAUAUCUUAGAAAAAACUGGUCAUUCCAAAUUGUAUUAUAUUGGUUACAGUCAGGGUGCAACCACGUUCUAUGUUAUGGGGAGCGAAAGACCUGAAUAUAAUGCUAAGAUCAAAGGAAUGAUAAGUUUGGCACCUGCAGUAUUUUUAGGGAAUCAAAAAAGUUUAUUUUUGAAGCUUUUCGCAUAUUUUCACAGUAUAUUAGAGUGGGGAUCUUACAUUUGCAACAUAAAUCAAUGGUUACCUCGUAAUAAAUGGCAAAGUUUUAUAUUGAGGACCUUUUUAAGCAACGCUCCUCACCCGAUGACAGAGGGUUUAUGUAAUUGCUGGUUUUAUCUUAUUGCUGGAUUCGGUAGCGAACAACUCGAUAAAUCUAUGUUACCUUUAAUAUUUGGACAUUGCCCAGCAGGUUCUUCGGUCAAACAAUUCCUUCACUUUGGCCAGUUAAUAAGCUCCGGCUCUUUUCAGAAAUUUGAUUAUGGCACUAGAGCAAACUUGACUCUCUAUGGAUCUACACGACCACCUAAAUAUACUCUUGAAAGAGUAAAAGUACCUGUGGCAAUCUUUUACAGUGAAAAUGACUUUAUUAAUCAUCAUACUAAUGUUCAAAAACUGGCAGAUAAUUUACCAAAUGUUAUACAAACUGAAAAAAUAGCAUACGAAAAAUUCAAUCAUACUGAUUAUCUCUGGGGCCGUGAUGCAAGGAUAAUCUUAUAUAACAAUAUUGUGACUGUGUUGAAGAAAUUUUGAUGCAUUGAGAUCCUAUUUUAAUAAACAAUUGUUAAUUUUGUAUCUAUAUAUAACAAAUUAUAACUCAGGAAUAUUGUUUAGGUUAUAUUUC